UAAAUAUCGAUGCCUGUAAACUCAGCUUGUUAAUACCUCAAGCAGUUUAAUUCGAAGGAAAAAUGUUCAAAUUAUUAGCUUUUACCGUUGUGACGUUAGUAGUGCUUUAUCAGGGUAAAGCAAGCGCUGAACUUGACAAGGUUUUAAAACCACUCAGAGAGAAAUUGGAUGACUUAGUUGACAAAGCUAAAGCCAAAGGUUUUGAUGUUGCCAAAUGUCAAAAUUACGUGGACGAUUUUUCCCAAACACCCAACACCCUUGCCCAGGACCUAAUUGAGUGUACUAACAAACAAAUAUCGAAAGCUCAAGAUUUGGUCAAUGAUGCACUGAACAGAUCCAAAGCAAUCGAGCAAGAUCUCAACACUAUCGACGCUGAUAUUGAUAACUGUCACGGAAACGCUUGGAAGCAAGCGAAAUGCUAUGCAAAUAUUCUCGAGAGAAUUGAAAAAGAUACUAAAGACGCACCAGCGAAAAUAUUAGCCGAUGUUACUCAAGUUACGGAGUUGGUUACGGACUUGCUCCCUCAUUUGGAGGAUUGUUCUGUGGAGGAAUUGAAGCAUUCUGGAGAACAGGCUGCAAAGGAUGUGGCAGAAUUUGCUAUUUGUGCCGCAGUUUAAAAAUCCAGAAAUGGAAACAUCUAAUUUCUUUCAACAUACAAUAUAAUUUUCAGUGAAUAAUAAAACUCAUAACAAUAAUUUAUUUUGUUUCUCAAAUUGUCAAGAUUUCCUAACAACAAAAUCUCUAUUAAAUAAAUAAAAUACUCAUCUUCAAAAGUAUCUACCUAAGUAGGUAGGUACCUAUAUUUUUCAAUUUCUUGGGGAUCCCAGCAUUAGAUCAUAAUAUUAUCAUAAAACAAAAUAAAUACCUACUCUAAGUGCCUACCUAUACUUAUCUUGCUCUUUGUUAUUUACAGAUAUUUGUCCAAAAAUUAUUAGGAAAUUUUGCU